UCAAGGCAUCGUAAAAUUGGUUCCGAGAAAUUUCCGGUAGUCAUAUCAGAUGUUUCAGAUGUUUCAGAUGUAUCAGAUGUAUCAGACGCGUCAAUAUCAGAAGUAUCAAAAGUAUUAGAAGUAUCAAAAGUAUCAGAAGUAUCAGAAGUAUCAAAAGUAUCAGAAGUAUCAGAAGUAUCGGAUGAGGUAGUGACACCGGCUCUUGCAAAUUCUUCGGAAACUCCGAUAA